AUUAGCACCUUUUAGAUGUUCGGUUCCUUGGUUUACGUCAAAAAUAUCGAAAUUUCCCGUAAACCGUUUGGAUCUAUCACAACAAUACAUAAAUAUAACUGUUUUUUGCGCAAUUUAGAUGAAAAUUGCGUUUUUGUGUGAUAAUACAUUGGACAUGUAAGCUUAUUUUUCCAGAAAUUUUGGGAGUAGUGCCUUUUUGAUAGGUGUACGAUAAUUUUUUCAUCGGUACGAUAAUUUUGACACUCAAAUACGAUAAUUCUCUUCCACUCACCUGGCAACACUGGAGUAUGGUAUUUGUUCAAGAUGAAGAUGAAUUUCGAUGAAAAGUUAAUAUAUUGUUCCUUUUAAUUCAAAAUAAUGAUAUGAAUAGUGAAUAAUUUUAUAUUUAUUUGUUAAAAAAAAUGUAUUUUUUGAGAACGUGUAGUAGAUUUUUACUGUGUAAGGUUACAAACCACAUUAAAUAAGGUGGCUGAUGAGGUUAGGUUAGUUAAGCGGUUAUAAAGUUUUGUGAAAACAUGAAUGAAAUAAUUGAAAAACUCGAAAAAAUGUUCGAAGACGUGACCGAUAUAACUGACCCCGCAAGUAUGGGCAGGGUGUUGGAGAUUCUCGAUCAGUCUCGAAUAGAAGACGAGAAGUAUAUGCAGCUCUUAGUAGAUACUCUCAGAGGAAAGGAAAUAACUUGGAAACUGCCUGAAUACCAACAGAACUUCCGCUUAUCACGAAAGCCUCCUCCUGAAGAAGCAGAACUAUGUGCAAAUGGGCACUUUACUAAAGCAGAAGGUGAAUUAGUAAAAAAAAACUGGGAGAGCUUUGUACAGAAAUUUCGUUUGCCUGAUACACCAAUGAGCUUGGCGCGAUGGAGGAACCGGACUCAGAUCAAGAUCUCAUCAAAAUCUGAGGAGGAGUAUGUACGAAACUAUGUCGCUGCAUAUCUCGCACAGGGACUGCACCGGAGCCUGCAUCAAGUCUUCAGAUACUUUCAGAUCACUUAUUCAUAUCCAGUCAAACUUCGAAAUUAUACUCCAACAGAAGAGAAGAUAAUGGAGAUUUGCUUCUACCAUCGGCCCAAGGAUGCCUGUGUGAUCGCAUCGGAGGUGCUGGGCCGGGAUCGCCGGGGCAUUAUUAAAAGAUUCUCUCAAUAUACCAAAGGAAAAAAGGAACCGAAACAGAAAAUUAGAUGGACACUAGAUUUGGCAGCCAAAUUAAUACAUUGUUUGAUGGAACAUUCUAGAUGUCGUUUUAAAAAACUAAAAUACAAUCAAUUUAAUCCAGAAGUGUGGCGUAAAGUGGAGGAGGAAAUGGGUCAGGUAUCUACAUACUUGCGUGAAUUUUGGUUCAGCAAGCUGCAUGUGCAGUUGUUUGCUAAAUGCAAUAUAAAAUUGACAUCACUACGGAAAAUUAUUUUUAAAAAGCUAAAAGAAUCAUCUUAUGAGGUUUGGAGCGACAUUCGUUGGACGGAUUUAGUGAAAGAGUUUCCAGAUGGCUUCACUGACCUGUUCUUGUAUAACGUCGCUAAGAGACCGCUCCGGGGGGUCGCCAACUACCGGGAGAAGCCCUUGCCGCAGCUCGUAGAACAAAUCGAUAAGGUUUACAUAAAAAGGCAAAACGUACAGAAACGACUAAAAUCACUCAAAUACCAUAAAUCCGAUGGGAGUCUCUCAUAUAUCAAGCACGAUGUACUUAUGAAAGAUUUAAUGAAAGAUAUGUCAAUAAAUCAAUGACCCAUCCAAA